UUGUUUCCAUUCAGGACACCUGAUUUGAACCUCCGCACUGUGUCCACGAAACAAAUAUUGAGAGCUGCUCAAGAACUCGGCUCGCUAACGAUCUCAGACUGUCUGUCAUUACCUCAUCCGCAGACACCACUUGGGUUGGUUGGUUGUGUGGCAGUGUGGUUGGCCGGGAAAACUCUCUCGACGUUCGAGGGAACUCUGAAUCAUCCGGAUCCGUCACGACUCAAACACGUCAUCAAGAAAUUUGAGCUGAAAUCAAUGAUUCUGCCCAAAUGCGAGUUGGAUGCGGACUACAUGGCAAUUGUGUCAGUUCCGACACUGUCGAGGAUCAUCACAACAAGAGGGAACAGGAACGAGCUCGUCGGCAUGUUUCCAAAUGUGGAAAUACUUGAAUGGAAUGUGGAGGAAUUCUUAAAGAACUGA